AUGCUUGAUCUAAACCCGCCACAUGAACAAUUGCUAGCAACUUAUGGACUCAGAACUCCGCAUCCCCAGGAACGUAAAGAUGUACGCAGCAUUGACCAAUCGUAUCCUGAAAACUUAUCUGGACUCUCCAUUGAAGAAUCUUUUCAACUUAUGAAAUCGAUACUUGCCUUGGACGAUGUGGAUUCAAACGAGUUGGAUCCUACUAAAGGUCAGGAUCUAGAAGAUCCUUUAAAGGGACGUGGAUCGAACAUUGUGGCUGACUUGAUGAAGAGAGGAAUUAUUUCUUCUCCAGAUGAUCCUCUGGUGAAAGAUUACUUGAUUAGUUCGCAAACAUUCAAGCCUUACAAGUACCUAACGACCAUUCACAAGGAUACUCCAUUGAAUGUCUUGGAUGAUUCGCUACGCUUUUUGGACAAAAACAUCCAGUCAUAUACAAGAGAUUUGCAAAGCUCUCUUGAUGCCAAUAUUACUCAUGCUUUGAAUGUUAAAGCCGAAAUGGACGGCACUUUGCAAGCAUUCAGUCAACUGAAAACAAAGCUGCAAGAGGAUAAGGAGACUUCAAAAUACUUUAAUCCUCAGCGACAUAGGUUGAACGUGUCUGAUAACAAUGGGAAUGGUGAUAUAUCAUCAGAGCUUGAGCUGUCGUUGAACAAUAUGGCAACUACAACAACGUUGAUGAUAAAGCCUAUAGUUGAAAACAAAGCUAAAGAAGACAGACUCAACAUCAUGUUGGAGUUCAUUAAAUCGAAUGCGUUUUUGUUCAACAUUCCGCGCAAACUAAUCAAUUCGCUUGCGACCAAUGACAGUCACCAGUUUAUCGAUGAUUACACUAGGUAUGACCGUGAGAAACUACACGUGCUCAGAAAAAUUGACAGUUCGUUUCAAUUAGAUGUCGAUAAGCUCAGGCAAUCAAGUGGUGGUACACAGGACGAAGCUGCCUUUGCAGAUCUAAACAAAAUCAGACUCCUGAAACUUACCAUCAUUGAAAAAGUGUUUCAAGAGAUAGAAACAAUUGCCAGUCAAUUUAGAGACAAGACUUAUCAAGAAUUAUCUUCGUUGGAUCAUGAGGCAAGUAGUACCCAAAGCUCAAUCAGUGGAACUGGCUCGCGCAAUAAAGACGACCAAAAGUUCAUGUCAUUGGUAGAAAAUUUGUCCAAAAUAGAAAGCGCUCGUGGUCUGACCAAUCAUUCUGAUCCAAUUGGUGUGUUUUUGAAUAAGCAGAUAGAGGUGUUGAAAACUGAUUUUGAAUAUCAGGAAAAGAAGUUUGAUACAAAGUUUGUUUUGAUGCAGAAAAAAUUGUUAGAAUACGUAGCUUCUUUGAGGGCGGAAAGAAGGCAAGGAUCUCAUUUGAGUUAUAUUGCUGAGAAAUACGAUAGCUAUAGAAAUGAGAUCAAGUUAGCUAAGAACAAGGAGGAGAAAAUGUUGGCUAUCGAUGAAGCUUUUGAAAGUGGCGAUGCCCUCGAUAUCAGUUUAGUCAAUGAAACGUGGUUGGUGUUGGUCAACUUUAUGAGCUAUAUGGAAACCAUAUUUAUCAAGUUGGUUGAAAAAUUUGCAAAUAAUUACAACAGUUAUCAUAAAUUGAAUGUUGACCCACUGGGGUCUAUACGUGACAAGUUUCUUGAUGCAAUAAAUGAGGCGGUGGAUCUCUUGGUCAGGUUGUUUCAGUCAGAGACAAAUAGUGAAGAUAACAAAGAGGUCAACAAUUUGGAAUCGCGGCCCGCAAACUACAAGCAAUUUGUUCCUUGCUAUUCCAACUCCUUGUCCACGAUUCACCAGUUGAGCACAAUUCAAAAGAAAGUGAAUCGUGUACUAACAAAGUUGGGCGUUGCCGUUACUACUAUUGGUAAUGUGAGCAAGUAUGAAGAUACAAACAAGCAGUUGAAGACUUUGAAAAGUGCCUCACUGCAUAUUAACCAAAAAAUUUUGGAGGCUAUUUGCUCCACUUGGAUCAAUGAUUGCACGCAGUUUUAUGAUUUGGAAGAUUGGAAAAUUGAGGAUAAAUACAAUGCAAAAGAUGGAUCUUGUACUAAAUUGGUUAAUGUAAUUGAAUAUUAUCAACUAUACAUGAUUUCCAAGAUUAGCAGAAUUAUUUUCCGUAAAGAGAAGGUGAAUCAAGAUCAGUUACAAGUUAAUAUUGUUGCCUCGUAUCCUAGCAAACGAGUCCUCAUGAGCAUUGAAAUACAGUUUAUGAGAACGUUGAACAUUAUUGUGGACUCCUUUAUGAAAAAGUACAACAUUGAUCGUCUUUCGUUAUCGCAGGAAAAGAGUUCCACAAUAGAAGUUUUCAAGAUUCUCACCGUGAAUAAUUUGGAUAAAUUGUCACGAACAACAUACCCGCUCUUGAUUUUCCAAUUUGAUCAACGGUUUGGCAAAGAUUUGUCGAAACAAAAGCUCAAACUAUUUGCUGACAUUGACAAGGCUAGCUUGACUAUACUUGAUGACAUCUUGGCUAACGAAAAGGAGGUAAUUUCCUCUACAACCAGCGAAUUCUUUACUCACAUCUCGGAAAUUCAAAAUGAUGUGAUAAACUUCUUGUCAAUCGAUGGAUUUGUAUUUGAAGUUUUGAUGCAUUUCGUCAAACUUGUGCAUAAACUUAAGCCAUUAACCAGUGGCGACAUAUUCAUCACAAUUAUAAAUGAAUUACAAUACAGCUUUUUAAAGAGCAUUCAGGAUGGGUUGAGAAGUGUCAAUAUACGCAACGUCUCGGUGUUGUAUAACUUGAAAUUGGAUUGCAAUUUUUUGCAUAGUGUGUUUGAAGCGUCUAGAGGACUUCGGUUGAACGACUCCACAUUCAGCUUGUUGCAGAACCUAUUGGAGAAUAUUAGUGCCCAGAUCAGCGAGUGUGGUGCUGCUCCUCGGAGAGGGGAACAAUACAGCGAUGCCUUGUUCAAAGAUAAGUUGAAAGCGUACUUGAAAUCCUCGAAAGCACAAUUUGAAUGUUUUUGA